AUGGUGCCUGGGAAUCAAUCAUUCGUGACUAUGUUCAUCCUGCAGAAAUUCACAGAUGACCCCUGGCUCCAGGCAGCCCUCUUUGGCCUCUUCUUUACCCUGCUUGUGCUGGCCCUGAUGGGAAACGGCCUGAUCAUUAUGGCCAUCCACUCUAGCCCCAACCUCCACACCCCCAUGUACUUCUUCCUUGUCAACCUGGCCCUGAUGGAUGUGGCCUGCACCUCAACUGUCCUGCCCAAGGUCCUACAGAGCCUGGUGGCUGACAACACCAUCUCCUUUGGAGGCUGCCUCUCCCAGAUGUUCGUCUUCUCCUGGGUCCUGGGCUCUGAGCUGCUGCUCUUCUCUGCCAUGGCCUAUGACCGCUACCUGGCCAUCUGCUGGCCACUGUACUAUGGCACCUUGAUGAACAGUAGUGUCUGUGUGACUCUAGCAUCCUUUGUGUGGUCUGUGGGGGCUCUCAACUCCUUGGUGCUCACCUGCCUGGUCAUCCCACUGUCGUUCUGUGGUCCCAAUAUUAUCAAGCACUUUUUUUGUGAGAUCCCAUCUGUGCUCCUGCUGUCCUGCAGCCCAACCUUUGUCAAUGAUGUCAUGACCAUCAUUGCAGACAUGUUUCUGACUGGCCUGAACUUCCUGCUGACCAUGACUUCCUAUAGCUUCAUCAUUACCAGCAUCUUGCGCAUCCACUCGGUGGAGGGCAAGGGGCGUGCCUUCUCCACCUGCUCUUCCCACCUGGUGGUUGUCACUCUUUAUUACUCCACUGCACUCUACACCUAUGUCCGGCCAGCCCUGGGCUCUGCUGGGCUCUUGGAUAAAGCUGUUUCCAUUUUCUAUACCACCGUGUCUCCCUCUCUCAACCCCCUAAUCUAUACCUUGAGAAACAAGGAAUUCAAAGCAUCCCUCAAAAAACUCCUAUUUUUCCCUAAAUGA